CAGCCUACUAUCACAAUCUGAGCAGCUCGCGGGAGGCCCUGCUUGCAUUGAAGCCGUCAAAUCUCGUCCAUCUCCACGGUACGUCCUCGUGAACAAACAAAUCACCCAAAAUGCCUUCCCUUCCGCGUCGCGCCAUCAUCGCCGUCACCUCUGCCACCGCACCCUUGCACAACGGCCAGCCGACCGGCCUAUUCAUCUCGGAAGCAUUACAUCCGUACAAUGUCUUUACCGCGGCCGGGUUCGAAGUGGAUCUGGUGUCUGAAAAGGGCACGUACGUUGCAGACUGGUUGAGUCUGCAGGACAGCUUUUUGAAUGGCGAGGACAAGAAGGAGUGGGAAGACGUGAACGGGGAGUUCAGACGCAAGCUCGAUAACAUGCCGGAUGUGCAUACGAUCGAUGGCAGCAAGUACGGAAUAUUCUUUGCGAGCGCCGGACAUGCUGCGCUGAUUGACUAUCCUCAUGCAAAGGGGUUGCAAAAAAUUGCGACCGACGUCUGGAAUCAAGGUGGUGUGCUGAGUGCUGUCUGUCAUGGAGAAGCCAUCUUCGCAGGGGUUGUCGACUCGACGACCGGCAAGUCGGUGGUCGCAGGUAAGACCAUCACGGGCUUCACCACGGAAGCCGAGUACGAUAUGCAUGUCAUGGACGCGAUCCGAAGCUGGGGCGAGCCGUUGAUUGACGAGUGGGCGGAGAAGUUGGGCGCAAAGUAUGUCCGAGCAGAUGGAGUAUGGGACGACUUCCAUGUCACUGACGGUAGGAUCGUCACGGGUAUGAACCCGCAGAGUGGGAAGAGCACUGCAAAGGCCGCUGUGGACGUAUAUGAGAAGCUUUGAAGUGUGACAAGGGGCGACGGCGAGGCAGACGGGAAGAAUGGAAUCACAUACCGCUGUUCCGGGUGGUGUCUCAAGACAUGCCCUCAAUAAGGUAGGUAAGGAUCCAAGUUAUUUGCUAGUCUCAGGACAGAUAGUG